CAUCUACUCUUUGGGGGUUUGGGGCGGGCUUUGCAUUGGAUUAGUCAUUGUCAUCAUUUAUAUAUUUGCAGUGAAUCAAACAAUUCCACAAACAGACGUUAAAACAAAAACAACGACUGAAAAGCUGUUACACCAGCAAAAUUAUUCACUUUUCUGCAGUGUAUUAUAAUUAACAUUCGAAAUGCAUGCUGUGAUGGCGAAACGUCUAUUGCCCCACCAGGAAUCUGUGGAUGAUCCUGGCCCAGAUGAUUUGGAUAGUCCGGCCAUAGAAGCCGCCGCCUUGGAUAUACCACAACAAACUGCGGAUAAGGCCAUUCAGAAGGGCUUCUGGGAACGACCAGCCACAAAAUAUCAACCACCUCCAGAUGAUGGUUCCACUGUGCUCCGAUUUGAUAUAUUGCAGGCGCACAUUAUGCCUCGGGAUGGUGAAGAUCUGAAGAUUAAACGUUAUGUUGUCUACGAAUUGACCGUACGUCAGGAUUGCGCAACCGAGGAUACUCAACCGGCCAAGAUAGAGCGCAGAUAUACCGAUUUUCGUGAACUCUUCUUGGGCCUCAAACGUCAGUAUCCCGUGGAAAUGGCGAAUAAAUUUUUUCCCAGCAAAGUGCUGAUGGGUAACUUUAAGUCGGAUUUGAUCGGUGAGAGGAGUAUAGCCUUUGAGGAAUUUAUCUCACAUGUGGCCCAUAUCGAAAAGUUACGGGACACUGAUGUAUUCUUGCAUUUCCUGCAAAACGAAGAACUAAACCGUGCAUGCCAAUUGUUGGAUCAGCGUCGCUACGAGUUGGCCAUACCCAUAUUGGAGAAUUGCUUUCGUCUGUUGAACAAAAUCUAUAUGAACCGAUCCAAACCGGUCCUGCUAAUACUCUGCCGACUUGUUGCAGCCGCCUGCACAUUAUCUCCAGUUCCCCAUCAUUCUGCCGAACGUUGGGCCUUGCUGGCUUUGAGUCGUUUUGAUACACUGUCGGAUACUGAUCUGCUGCCAUUAUAUAUACCCCUAUUGCAUACCUGCGCACAUUUGUGGUGGCAACGUGGCCAGGAUCAGAAACCAAUCACAGAUCGCUUAACAAGCAUGUCCAAGCAAGGCAUUAACACAAAUUCAACAAUAAGCCUCAUGCAGGCCAUUCAUAAAAUUGAUCCACGCACUGAAACCAUCUAAGGGGAAUAUCUUUAACAUCACGUCAAUUUCACAAUUAUUCAGAUUAACUCUUCAAGAGAACGAUUUAUCAAGUAUCUCGUCAUCGCAAAGCGUCAAGUGCAAUUUAGAUCAAGAAAAAAGAUUAAUGUGUUAGUUUUAAGUCUAAAAUAUGUAAAAGUAGGUGUUCCAUUUGUUUUUUUAUUAUAUCAAUUAUUGUUUUGUCUAAUAUUGUAAUAAUGUAUACUAAAUGCAAGGUGUUUGUUUUAGAAUAUUUGGUAGUUAUUUUGCAAUCUAAUAACAUUUCAAGCAACAAUUUAUUGAUCACUUUGGAUAUUUUAGAAUCAUAAUCCGAAUAAUGAUCACAAUCUUCCCAAGUGCUAAUCUCUGUUUAAAAUCAGAACAAGCACCCUUAUGAUAUUUACUUUAUUGGUAAAAUCUGUUCAAAUCUUCUUUAUAUUUGUUGUUUAUUAACUUUGUAACCUGCCAAUGUUUUCCAGUCAUCGUUCCACUUUUGAUCAAACACAACUCAAAUUUUAUUUAUUUAUUUCUAAUUCUAAUCAUAUUGUCAUUAUGUUUUGUGUUAUGCAUGUAUGAAUCAUUAUAUAUAUAUACGUAUUUGAUAACCCUUUCAUUAAUGGAAAUAUUUCGUUUUUCAUUUUGAGUCA